AUGCCAGGACCAGCCAUUAGUACAAGUCGUUUGGAGAAUAACUUGAUGUAUUUAGACGAUUACUUGGAUACAUUAGAGUCGUUACCCGCAGAAUUACAGCGCAAUUUAACAUUAAUGCGACAACUUGAUACGAAUACACAAGAUGCUAUAGAUAAUGUCUCCAAACAAGCCACCACCUUGUUAGAUAACUUACCCGAUCUUAGUCGAGAAGAUAGAGUGGAGCAACUUAAAAAACUCGGAAGUUUAUUGACUGAUAGUUUAAAAAAUGGAGAAGAAAGAGUCUCCCUGGCAACUUCAACAUACGAUACCGUUGACCGUCAUAUUAGAAGACUCGAUGACGACCUUCAAAAGUUUGAAGACGAACAAAUGACAGGCCCGGGUAGGGUUAGUCCGGCAGCAAAUUCCAAUGUUGUUCGCGAACCAGAUGUAACUCGCAAACAAAAUCAAAAGAACGAUAAAGAAAAGAAAGAUGGUAAACCUGAAAAAAGGGCACAACAAGGUGGGGAUUCGUCAAAUCAUAAAAAACGCAAGACCAACAACGCCAAAGACACGGCCACGCCACCACCGACUACAUCUCGGAAUCAUGGAGAUAAAGAUCCGGCAGCAAUCGAGAAAACAAAUGAUGAUACAUCAACCGCUGCAGACAUGCCUAUCGAUCCUAACGAGCCGAUUUAUUGUUAUUGCCAACAAGUUAGCUGGGGUGAUAUGGUCGCUUGUGAUAACAGUGAAUGCGAGAUCGAAUGGUUUCAUUAUCCCUGCUGUGAAUCAGCUAACCAGAAUAGCAUCUUUGAUACUGAUUAUGUAUCAGAAACUGUGAUAGUUGCUCCUCAAUUGAUCAUUGCAGAUACUUUUCAGAAAGAAAUUUUCACAAAAAAACAAGAGGAAGAAAUUGCCAAUACUCCUUCUAAUAUUUGCUCAGAGUUAGAUAGAAAUAUAGGGACAGAAAGAUCGGGAAAAGAAAAUUCUUCUAAUAACUUACCAAGAGUAUCUCAAAGGAAUCACAUUCUACCAACUAAGAAUAUUGAAAAUGUUCAGGCUUUCUCGAUUCUCAGAUUAAUAAGCAUCCAAAAACUUGCUAAUUCAUUCUAUCAGGCGAAUGUUGCAAGAAAUAAAACAAUUGUAGUAAAGCGAUCAGAGAUUACAUUAUGUGUUUAUUCUCUAAAAGAUGUUUCAAUUGAAUAUUUACAAGUAAUGACUUGUAAAGCAAGAAAAAUCAAUAGGUUAUUUAGGUAUAAAUAUGACCCUAUAACUCUGAAAAAGAUUAAAGAACAUGUCAAAUCGAAAAUAACCACUAGUUCUUUAAAUAAAAUCUUUGAGACAGUAGCUACUACUUCAAUUCAUGACUCAGAUAAUAAUUUUAGUAACACAUCUGAUAUUACAGAUUACUUUAAGGAAGAAGAAAAAGUGAAUGAUUUGAUUAAAAAGGGUUCUAAAAA